UGUGUUUGAAAUGUUGUCAUCAGUGCUCGCUGCAAGCUUUUGCCUUCAACUGUUUAUUGUGCAAAGAGGGGGAAGUAAGAUCAUUAUUCAAGAAAAGUUGCGCGAGUAAUACCUGGAUUAGCUAAAGUUCGUGUUGUAACUUGUUGGGGCACGUUGAUGUAAUAUGAACAUCGUCGUUUGUGAGUUUGUGAGUAUUAGGAACUGCGGCCAGGUCGAGAUUCAUAGCACGAGUGAAUAACAAUCCUGAGAAAUAUUUGUGAACUUUGUGCGGAAUAUUGUGCGAUUUUAAGUUUCUCAUGGUGACGAACACUGGAUCUUUUCAAAGUACGUUGAAUAAUCCCCUGAGAGAAGGAUAACUACUUUGCUAAUCUUAAAACUGCAUGUGGCGAGUGAACUGUAAAGAAUUCAUUAUUUUGUACACGCUAUUUUCCCAAUCAUCGUGAGAACUGUAGACAACGAAGUGCAUGUGUUAGCGUGAACACAGUAGGCGCGGCCGAACUGUAAAAGUACUGUUUGUUAGUGAAGAACCUAAAAUCGAAAUUAUAAGCAAAAGUGAUAAAAUGUAACGGGAAAUAACUGCAUUUUCCGGACAAGUGUAUGCUAUGACUGUAGGAACUACGGGCACCGGCGUGAUGGCGUGAAGGACAUUGUGUUAGCGAUCCGCCGAGGGAAUUCUUGGUUGCGCGUGCAAAAUCUCCACGAUCAGACGCAGCGAGCGACGAGUUCAGCUGCGUGUGCAGCGAAACUUCGGGUGGAGCACGGACACAUCAGAAAGGUAGUCGCAGGGCGGUUGGGAGACUGGCCUCCACGGCGCGGAGCUGGGAGUCGACGACACUGGGGGAAGUGCUGCCAAGGCCACCAAAUCGGCGGCGGGACACGGCAACGCCGGAAGCGAAACUGUAAGGUUGGCUUAUAUUUUGGGAGAUUGCGCCUACAGUGAACCUUGGAUUAUCCCUCUUUAUCUGCAGCUACGUUAG